GCAAACGGCAGCCAGACCCAGACCGACGUGUGUGAGCUAGCUUGUUGCCGUGUUCGCACGUAGGACUCGAGCCACCGGCUUCCCGCCUCCUUUUCCUUUUCAAAACAAAAAACAAACAAAACUGCUCAGGCUCGCUCGAGCAACACGUACGAUGAUGGUUCCUGUCGGGAGUGAUGACGAAACAGCGGAUGUGGCGAUGGACAGGGAGUCCUCACCGCCGGCAGCGACGACGCGGAGCGGUGGGACGAGCAGAAGCCACAGCGAGGCGGAGCGGAAGCGGCGGCAGCGCAUCAACGCCCACCUCGCCACGCUGCGCACGCUCCUCCCUGCCGCGUCGCGGAUGGACAAGGCGGCGCUGCUCGGGGAGGUAGUGCGGCACGUGCGGGAGCUGCGGGGCGAGGCGGACGCGGCGGCGGCGGGCGCGGCCGUGGCCGUCCCAGGGGAAGGCGACGAGGUCGGCGUCGAGGAGGGCCAGCAGCGCUGCUUCUGCCACCACGGCGGCGGGGAGAGGGAGAGGGCGGCCGCCGCCAGCGCCAGGCGCGUCAGGGCGUGGGUGUGCUGCGCCGACCGCCCGGGGCUCAUGUCCGAGCUGGGCCGCGCCGUGCGCUCCGUCAGCGCCAGGGCCGUGCGCGCCGAGAUAGCCACCGUCGGUGGGCGGACGCGGAGCGUCCUGGAGCUGGACGUCGGCGGGCAGCACAACGGCGACGACGCGGGCACGUCGUCGCGCCCAGCGCUGCAGGCGGCGCUCCGGGCCGUGCUGCUCAGCCGGGAGGACAUGCUCGGCGCCGAGUGCUGCUACAAGAGGCAGCGCUUCUCGGCGCACCUCGCCAGGGUUUAGUAGGACAGUGGGCAGUGGCGCUGUCGAAGCGGGUGACUGAUUGGAGACAGAAGGGAAAGGGAAGGACUCUGGCAUGUGUGCUACGGUGCUACUCAUACCUUUUUACAUGUGAGAAUAUCACGGAAUUUCCAUUGCCGACCCUUCCAUUCCAAACAAACAACAUUGUCACCAAGCAAAUUUGACGAGACCGUAUAUAUCUCAGUUAUAAUGA